AGCGACUCCCGUCGCCAGUCGCAGUGACCGACUAGGACACCUGCACGUUCCCCUGACCAUGGCUGCUGCUCUCACCAUUGCCAAGAUGCUCUUCCUGCCCUCGCCCAAGAUGUCCCUGAUCAUUCCCUCGCUUCACUACGAUGACAACGAGCUGGAGGCGGCUUUUGCCGACAGAAAACGGUCACUCUCGCGCAGAGCCAUCGUGGUAUGGACACACAACCCCACACACUUCGGUGCGCUCCUCCUACUGCCCUGCACCUUUUCUUUGUGCUCAGGUGCAUUUCUUCUGCUAUGGAAUGCUGCUGUUUUCCCGCCAACUCAUCUUCAUUUCGGAGAGUGAGGACUGGUGGCGGCUGCUGAAGCUCCACACGCCAUUGGGACAGCAGUUCCUGCUUUCCUGCUGCGUGACUUUCACUGUGAUGGCCCUGGGCAUCUAUUGCUCCCUUCUGGCGGUAGGAAAGGGCAGCAGGGUCACCUGGCUGCAGAUUUGUUUGUGGUCGUCUGUCGUGGCAGAGAAGCGGCUCUCGAUGCCGGUCGCCCCAGAUGCUGUACUACGUAUGCCUCACGCCUUUGUGCAUGGUCAUCCACUCGGACGUCUUUCGGCAGGAAGUGAUGGACCUGCUGCCCUUCCAAGAGAGCGUGGAGCCCUGCACAUACUGCAUGAUGUAUGUGCGUGUAGGAGAGACGGCUGCUUACAUAGCUGAGAGUCAAUCUCUCUGUCUGCGUGUGUUUAUAUGUGUGGCCGCAGAGUGGUAUCAGCCUGUUUUCUUCACGUUUUCUUCUUCGACAUCGUCCGCAUGCUGCCCUCGUUCGCCAUCUUUGGCCAAUGGGUGCUGCCCUGGCUCGUCUUUGGCUCCAAUACCUCCAAGCUCGCUGCCUACAUGCAGCACCCUUUCACCGUCUAUAGGAUGCUUACCAUCGCCACGUUGGGCUCAUGGGUCGGUGGGCGGAGAGAUUGGCGCGAAGCAAAUGCGAACGACGUGUGUUGUGGCUGGUUUGUCUGUGUGAGCAGAUAAUAGUGACGGUAUUCGUCCACGAGAAGGAGCAGAGGCGCACGUUCCGUCUGGAGGAAGAAGACAGACGCCGGCAGAAGCAGAGAGAAAUGGUGUACGCAAAGACUUCACAUGAGCUCAAAACCAAGUAAGGCUCGAGACGGGCAGACAGCCUUGUAAGGCUCGAGACGGGCAGACAGGCUUUGCGCGACGGUCGGAGUGCGCAUCGAUCCAUGUAUGAAUGGCAGCAUUCACCUCAUUUCGCUGCGGAAGGAGCUCUUGGGCGAGACACUGACCAGUUCGGACCGCCCGGUGCCACGAUCGACACUGUCGAAGGCCAUGAAGGACAUACACUCAAUCCAACUGGUCUGCUCCACAGUGCAAAUUGUGACACAUAUCACAUGUGUAUGCCGGGAUGUAUGUGUUAUCAGGAGACCGAGGAUUUGAAGACCACGGUGUUGGGGAUUCUGGAGUUCGCGAGAGCCAGAGACAGAAAAGAGCCCGUAUCGAACGCUGUCGUGGGUAGGAAGGACCCUCCAUGUGUGUGGUGUGCAUGGUGGGAAUGGACCUUUCUUCUGUUGAUGAAUGCAUUGAUGUCUCCUUCAGGCGGUGGUGUGCUGACUUUCUUCUCCCCCGUGAACCUCUAUCGCGCCCUCGUCGAUAAGCUUUCACUGCUGGCAGCGUGCAACGGUCGGUUUAUAAGAGAACAAACACAGCGGUCGGUCGGUUGAUAUUGAGGAUACAUCUGUGCCCGCAUACCAACGUGUAGGCAACAAGCUGUCGAUGGGUGUGGAGAUGUGUGGGUGGGAUGGCGACUUUCCGGACGUCACUGAGGAGUCGGUCAUGGUCUAUGGCGACGCCACCAUGUUCCUCGUCGUGGUUAGCAAGACAGGGCGGGACAGAGGGAGGGAGAGGGACACAGGGCCAAGGAUGGUGUGAAUGGGAUGUCAGGGGCGUAACUACAUCACCAACAGCAUCAAGUACUGUGCAGACGGCGUGAUAGACCUCACUCUCAAGGUGGUGCUCCUGUCUUGCGGCGACGAGGGGGACGGCGAUGCUAAGAAGAUGACUGUGCGAGUCGAUAUGGAAGGUACGGCACAGACAUGUGGAUGGAUUGAGGCCGGGAUGCAGGUCUGUAUGUAUACUGUCUGAGUGCUGUGGUCGUUUCAGUCAAGGACACGGGCAUAGGCAUUCCAAAGGACAAGCUCAAGUCCGUCUUCCAACCCUAUGUGCAAGCAGGUGAGACAUAUCAUUCAAAGGCGACCUAACUGCCUUCUCUCCCUCCCUCCCUCCCUUUCUCCCUCCAGGUGGCGUGACAUCGAAGACCUUCUCGACCCACGGUCUCGGCCUGUCGACAGUGCAAGACGUUGCCCAGUCCCUCACCAACGGCAGAGUGUGGGCCGAUUCGGACGGUCCCGGCACGGGAGCCUCAUUCCACUUCACCGCUGAAUACCAGGCACAGGUAGGCUGCAUGAACGAAGAUGCGUGCAGAGGGCCACACAAAUGUCUUCAGCUGAAACAACUGCCGCCCACCCUGGGGGCGGUCGAGGAAUGCGACAGCGAGGAGCAGCGUGAGGAGACGGCUUCAAAGAGCCUCUCGGUCCAGGGUGCCAGCAGCGAAGAGCAGAAAGACAGCAGUGGCACCAUUUGUGACGUCAACAGCAGGUGGCCUAAGUGAUCACACACCCGCACUUGUCUGCCUGUUUGUGUGUGUGUGUGGGCUGCUUUGGUUUGGCUGGUGCAUGGCAUGCAGUGUGUCGUCCGGGCGGGACAUCUCUGGGCGUCACGUCCUCCUUGUGGAUGACAUGCCCUUCAUCCUGUCGAUGCAGUCGUCAUUCCUGGCCACACAGGGCGUCAAGAAAGACAAUGUAAGUGGGUGGGAUCCCGAGACAUCAGCGCUCAUCCCUUUGUGUGUCUGUGCGUGCGUGCGUGGCCACCAGAUUUUUACCGCGCUUGACGGCAUGUAGGACACCCAACACGUGCACAGGCCCCGCCGACUGCACUUAUCUGCCUGUGUGUUCUCAUUCUUGCAGAUCUGCGCUCGAGUCCGUGCGAGACAAGAUGCUCAGCGAGGGGCGGCUCUUCGACCUCAUUCUCACCGACCUGGAAAUGCCCAAACUGAAUGGAAUCGACUUUGCAAAGUACAAGCAGCCGCCUGCGAAAGCUCUGCACACAUCUUCGUCUCUCCGUCUGUGUGGGUGCACGCAGACGAGUCCACAUGGCCUUCUGCGAGCUGGCGGCCGACGAGUCGCCACUGCCGAAGACGCCCGUCACGGGCAUCAUCUGGCCAGCCGGUGCAUUCACAGAGCGCACGCCACUCGUGGCAUUUCACAUGUGCAUCUUCGCGUGUGUGCGUCGUCUUCUGUGUCUGCAGGUGUGUCGUCCGGCUCGACCCUCACCGUGCCUUCCCUUGAGAUGCUGACGCCGACGACCCCUCCGUCGAGCACCCGCACUUUGCUCGAUGACGACAAGAGCCACAGCCAGAGCCACUUGGGCGAAAGCCCGCUUGACCAACUGAUCGGCAAGCUGUCGACCGAGAGGAUUUCCGCCGUGUUUGACAGAAUUAUUUGACAGAAUUAUCAACCUGACGGACGAAGAACAGCAGCAGGAAACCGGCGGCGUCACCACUCUGUUUGAGUACCAGCUGCCGCUCGUGUUGGUCUCUGGUACGUGACCUCAUUUCAUUCGCUCGCUGCCUCCCCCAAUCCCAUCCCUGCCUGUGCGCGUGUGUGUCUCUGCAGGCGCGUCCAAGAGCGAGUUGGAAGAGAUCGAGUCGACGGGUUUGUCCGCUAGGGUGGUUGAGAAGGGAGGGGUGAACCAGAUCAAAGACCUCGUCAGAGACAUGCUCACAUAGAUGGAGCGUCUGUCUGUAAUGGCGUGGAGGGAUUGAGGGAGGGAGGGAGGGAGGAGCGUGGCUGUCCUGCAGUCCAUGUGGGUCUGCACGUGCCUCUGUCUGUAUUUGGAGUAUUUAGUUUGGUGUCUGCACACACACAUCAGGCAAUACGCCGCAAUUCUCUUUUUCCUAGGGUGGAUGUCUGUCUGUGUGGUUGGGUGGGAGGCUCGUCUGUGUCUCGUUGAUCGACG